AAGAUCCUUUCAAACCGUGGCCUUUCCACGGAAAACGAGAAACACCGCCUCCCUUUCUUUCUUUCCCUUGUCGCGGCCCGAGCAUUUUUGCCCGCAUCGCCAUCCACCCACCCUCUCCGACCAACACCUUCCUCACAUCAAAAGCACCCGACCGUUGCCACCUAAGCCCGAGGAGAAAAGAGUGCGAGCGCCCACCUCGCCACGCCCACCUCCGCGGCCGCACGGUUUCUCUUCUCUUCUCCGGCGUCGCCGAUGUCCGCGCGGCGGGCGGCGGCCAAGUGCCAGCACGAGCCGGCCACGCCGCCGGCGCCGCGGAUCCUCAACAUGCCGAGGAGGCCGGCGGGUGGCGGGAGGCCGACCCGGAGCGCCGGGCGCGCGCAGCAGCAGCAGCGGAUGGCGGCGCCGGGGGCGGUCAACCUCGGCGCGCUGUUCGAGAUGGAGCGGCGGGUGCGUGGGCUGGAGUCCGCGCCGGCGUCGCCGCCGCCCUACUCACGGGCCGCGCGGUCGCAGGAGGACGCCGGGGAGCAGGAGGAGAAGUGGCGGUUCCAGGCCGAGAUCCUCCGCGCCGAGUGCAACUUCCUCCGGAUGGAGCGCGAGGUCGCGCUGCGCAAGCUCGACCGCCACCGGGGACAGAUGGAGGCCGCGCUCAAAUCCGCCGUCGAAACGCUCGUCUCGGGGAGGAAGAAGAUCGAUGGGAGGGGCGACGUCGGCGUGGCGGCGGCGUUGGACGAGGGGAUCGAGGACCUGGAGGAGAUGAUGGAGGAUCUACGCGUGGAGAAGGAGAGCGGCAGGAGGGCAGUGAGCAGCAGGCGGGAGCUGCAGAGGAGCAACGGCAGGAACUUCGACCGCCAGGCGUCGUCGCUCCGCCGGCGCCUCGAGAAGAUGCCACCGGCCGACGCCGAGCCCUGCGUCAAGGACAUCCGCGAGAUCGCGCUGCCCGUCGCACCGCAGUCGCCGCCGCCACCCGCCGAGCACAGCGACGUCGACGACGACCAUUCCAACAGCCCCAACCUCUCUGACGUGGAGAUGCUGAGGAUGAAGAUGGAGGGCAUGUCGAAGGGGAUGCGGGAGAGGAUGGCGGAGUACAGCCGCCGGCUGGAAGCCGUCGCCGGCGGCGACAACAACAACGCCGCCGACGAUUGCCAGUCCAGGAAAUGCGGCAGCCGUCACAGCCGAAAGCCGAGCGCGAGCAGCCAGAGGAGCUGGAGCGGCGGCAGCACCAAUGCCGGCGCGUCCCGCGACACCGCCGCCUCGCACGGUCGCAGCCGCCACACCGUGGCGCCGGAGAAGCAUCAUCACCAUCACCAGCAGCACAAGAUUAUGUCUGAAGAGUGCAAAAUGGUGGGUUCAGGAAGCUGCUGUGACUGCAGGGAAAUCGUGGGGAAGAUAAUGGAGCAAGUAAGAACAGAAUCAGAGCAAUGGACUGAGAUGCAAGACAUGUUGGAGCAGGUCAGGUUAGAGAUGCAAGAGCUGCAGUCUUCCAGAGAUACAUGGCAGCGUCGUGCUAUUGCCUCUGACAUCAGUCUACGCUCCCUAAAUUCUCAAGUGCUGGAGUGGAAACAUCGCGCGCAGGUUUCCGAACAGCACGUGGAAGAUCUGCAGAAGAAGAUCUCGGAGCUGGAGAGCAAGCUGCACACAUUCAAGGCCCAUUUCCCCAGCCCAGGUCAGCCUAACCAAGAGUGGUCCGAAGCAUGCAAGAUGGAGAAGCCGAUCAGAAGCAACAAGGCUCAGCACCCGCCCCGGCCGUCGCACGAGCCCGGCGGCGGCAGGGAGAAAGAGAAGCACGUCCUCAUCUGCCGCGUGAAGCACUCGCCCAGCGUGGCCGCGAAGCGCCAGCCGUUCCAGGAGAUCGGCAACAUCAGCUUGCCACGGCACGCGCCGAUGAAGCGCUGAGAGGAGGAGGAGGAGAGAGCUCGUUCGCUGGCCGCAGCCAAGGUUCCAGGCAGGAGUCUGAAGAGAGAAUUCUGUCAGCUAAUCUCGCAUCUUCCAAGCUGCUUCGAUCAAUCAAUAUCUAUAUAUCUACUAAAUAAAUAAAUUAUAACCCACUGAUGUGCAAUGACGGCUGACUUCUCGUCAGAUCUGUAGUGAGUAGCAAGUAGAAGUAGCUGAGGUUUGAGACGGAGUUAAGAUCCAGGUACAGUGUUGAGGAAUAGGUAUGAUACGUAUGUAGGCGGAUGCUUCUUUUUUGCUGAUAUAUGCAGUUUUGUUCCUGCUUCUUCCAAUA